AGCAUAUCUAUUUAUAUUUGAAAGGAUUAUCUGCUUGGUUUGUCUUUUUUUGCUUCACAAGUAUUAUUUAAUUGAUUUUUUAAAGGAAUAUUUUUUUCUUCAAUCUCCUGAGGGAAAUUUACCCAUGAUUCCACAGUUUUUCCCAGGAUACACUUCUGCAAAGCCCCUCCUAUCUCCUCACUCCCAGGUUUGAGACUACAGGGAGAAGGAGCCAUUUUACAGUCAGCUCUGUGGAAUCGUUUUUUUAGGAAAAUUCCUGCGUUUUAAAACACAUUCCUAUUUUUGUACUGACUACAAUAAUGGAGCCUUUUUCUGACCAGAUUGUGAUGUUCAUGCUGGCUGCAAGCAUGAUGGAGGAAGAAAGUGCUGAUGAACAUCAGGAUCCAGGUCAGCAAAUGUCUGCAUUGGGUGAGCCAGUAUUGCGGGUUUCAUUUCCACGUCCACGCCAGUAUCGCACUAGGCGUGAACUGGAGGAUCUCAGCGAGUUCGAGGUGAUACAAAAUUAUCGCUUAUCGACUCGCGACAUAUAUUCGCUGUACGCUCUGUUGGAGGCCAACUUGGAACCUCGGGCACGGACAAAUCGUGCAAUCAGCGGUUUUCAGAAACUGCUGGGGACGUUACAUUUUUUGGCGUCAGGCACAUUCCAGCCUACACUGUCUCAAACAUGCGGUUUUUCACAGUCGACACUGUCGCGCUGUAUAACCCAGGUAAUUAGGGCUUUCCGCAAAUUGACGAUCCAGAACAUCACAUUUCCAGAGACGGACAGCGAAUGUCGUGAGAUCAAAUUAGGCUUUUUCAACAAAUACAAAUUUCCCAAUGUGCUGGGCGCGAUUGACUGUACCCACGUGCAGAUCAGACCGCCACGGAAUUCAGAGGAAUGUUUUCGGAACCGAAAACAGUUCCAUUCCCUGAACGUUCAGGCGGUCUGUGAUGUAAACAUGAGAUUUUUGAACAUUUUUGUGGGAUUUCCUGGAUCAUCUCACGACUCCUUCAUCCUAAGCCAGUCAUCGCUGUUUGACAAGUUCGAAACAGGAAACAUGCCUGGUGGCUGGCUGUUAGGCGAUGCGGGUUAUCCAAACAAACCGUGGCUGUUGACCCCAUUGUCUAAUCCUGUUGGUAGAGCAGAAAAACGUUACCAAGAGACACACAUUGCAUCGAGGCAAAUAAUUGAACGUGCCUUCGGUGUACUUAAAAGCCGGUUUCGAUGUUUAGACACUUCCGGCGGUGCUCUUUUGUACUCACCGUCGAAGGUUUGCGGCAUGGUAAAUGCAUGUUGUAUUUUACACAACAUAUGUGUCGCAAACCGUUUGCCGGUGACUCUUCGUCGCAGUGCUUUCCGAUGCGGGAACCGGUCUUCUGCUCUACCGGUGGGUAUGGACGAAGGAGAGGAUUCCCGGCGGACAUUGAUCCAAAAUUAUUUUGCAGUUGCCUAGUUUUACAUCCUGUUGAUGUAUAUCCCCAGGCCAUGUUUGUACAGUUCGUUACCCCGUUUUAUCCUGUUGUUGGGUUACCGCAAAUAUUUGAUCCUUUUAUCCAACUCUACCAUGGGUGACCCUACUGGUGAUGUGGACCUGACCCUCCGCCAUGUAGCAGACAACCCCCCCUCAGGUCCUGCGAUGUAUCUUCCCAAGUGGCGUGGAUGUGAGGAGACACGACAUUUCACCUGAUGUUCCAUGGGUGACCCUACUGGUGAUGUGGACCUGACCCUCCGCCAUGUAGCAGACAACCCCCCUCAGGUGAGAUGUAUUGCCCAAGACUCCCUUGUCCAAAAUCACCCCGGCAUGUCCAAAGUGCAGCCCUCCAGCAUUUGCAAGACUGCACAUCCAAACAUUCCCUGAAAUAGCAAUGCUAGGGAAUGUUUGGAUGUGUAGUGAUGCAAGUGCAGGAGGGUUGCAUUUGGGCCGCUGCAACCCGCUUGUGUUGUGUGGACUGUUGUAUGUACCUCUUUUUCCAGUCCCAGGGUGACACUAUCACCCAUAUCUGGAAGCUCAAACUGUUCUCUUCCACAGGUCCUGCGAUGUAUCUUCCCAAGUGGCGUGGAUGUGAGGAGACACGACAUUUCACCUGAUGUUCCAUGGGUGACCCUACUGGUGAUGUGGACCUGACCCUCCGCCAUGUAGCAGACAACCCCCCUCAGGUCCUGCGAUGUAUCUUCCCAAGUGGUGUGGAUGUGAGGAGACACGACAUUUCACCUGAUGUUCCAUGGGUGACCCUACUGGUGAUGUGGACCUGACCCUCCGCCAUGUAGCAGACAACCCCCCUCAGGUGAGAUGUAUUGCCCAAGACUCCCUUGUCCAAAAUCACCCCGGCAUGUCCAAAGUGCAGCCCUCCAGCAUUUGCAAGACUGCACAUCCAAACAUUCCCUGAAAUAGCAAUGCUAGGGAAUGUUUGGAUGUGUAGUGAUGCAAGUGCAGGAGGGUUGCAUUUGGGCCGCUGCAACCCGCUUGUGUUGUGUGGACUGUUGUAUGUACCUCUUUUUCCAGUCCCAGGGUGACACUAUCACCCAUAUCUGGAAGCUCAAACUGUUCUCUUCCACAGGUCCUGCGAUGUAUCUUCCCAAGUGGCGUGGAUGUGAGGAGACACGACAUUUCACCUGAUGUUCCAUGGGUGACCCUACUGGUGAUGUGGACCUGACCCUCCGCCAUGUAGCAGACAACCCCCCUCAGGUCCUGCGAUGUAUCUUCCCAAGUGGUGUGGAUGUGAGGAGACACGACAUUUCACCUGAUGUUCCAUGGGUGACCCUACUGGUGAUGUGGACCUGACCCUCCGCCAUGUAGCAGACAACCCCCCUCAGGUCCUGCGAUGUAUCUUCCCAAGUGGCGUGGAUGUGAGGAGACACGACAUUUCACCUGAUGUUCCAUGGGUGACCCUACUGGUGAUGUGGACCUGACCCUCCGCCAUGUAGCAGACAACCCCCCUCAGGUCCUGCGAUGUAUCUUCCCAAGUGGUGUGGAUGUGAGGUGACACGACAUUUCACCUGAUGUUCCAUGGGUGACCCUACUGGUGAUGUGGACCUGACCCUCCGCCAUGUAGCAGACAACCCCCCUCAGGUGAGAUGUAUUGCCCAAGACUCCCUUGUCCAAAAUCACCCCGGCAUGUCCAAAGUGCAGCCCUCCAGCAUUUGCAAGACUGCACAUCCAAACAUUCCCUGAAACAGCAAUGCUAGGGAAUGUUUGGAUGUGUAGUGAUGCAAGUGCAGGAGGGUUGCAUUUGGGCCGCUGCAACCCGCUUGUGUUGUGUGGACUGUUGUAUGUACCUCUUUUUCCAGUCCCAGGGUGACACUAUCACCCAUAUCUGGAAGCUCAAACUGUUCUCUUCCACAGGUC